AUGGAUGUCGUCGUGAACAUCACUGAUCUGACGCCGUCAUCGACGUCGCCAACUCCAGAUGAGUGCGGUCUCGAGCCGCAUGACUUCCUUGAGGUCAAAUUCUUUCUGAUCAGCGUCGUCGGCACGCUGAUCGGUCUAUUCGGACUGUUCGGAAACGCAACGACUGCCCUGAUCCUAACCAGGUUCCCUCCAAUAUUUUUCCUCUCUUUUUCACCUUUUUCGUUUUCAGACCGUCCAUGCGCAACCCGAACAAUCUGUUUCUAACCGCUCUCGCCGUGUUCGAUUCGUGCCUUCUCAUUACCGCCUUCUUCAUUUACGCCAUGGAAUACAUCAUCGAGUACACAGCCGCCUUCGACCUCUAUGUCGCCUGGCUCACUUAUCUUAGGUUCGUUUUGGUUUUGUGUUUUGCAUCUUCUUUGUAGCCCGCAACCAAUCAGUUUUGCCCUUAUUCCCGUAGUUGCACGAAACAGGAAUUCGCGUCGGUUUUUGGACCUUUAGUGACAAGAAAGAAGAAGUAGGAGGAGAGGGCGAAAGUAAAACGCAAAAGUAGAUUGACAUGGGUCCGGGAUACGAGGGUUUCUUGACGGAGCACGAGGAAGUAGAAGUAGAAGAAGAGACAUGAUCGACGGCGACGAUAGGCAACUUCAUGGUGACAAGUUAACCUGAAUUCCGAAAAGGAAGAUUCGAUUUAGACGGGUGUUUGGUGUUUCUGUGGACUCUAAACUCGGUGGACUAGGUGCGGGAAAUGGGGUGAUUGCGCGGACGGACGGCCGAUUAUUCAAUCAUCUUUCGUCGCCUUUGACCAGUUCGAUGAUUGAUUCUAUUUCAGGUUUGCAUUCGCACUAUCGCACAUUUCACAAACGGGAAGUGUUUACAUCACGGUAGCAGUCACCAUCGAACGGUAUUUGGCAGUAUGUCACCCGAAGCGGAGCAAGAAAAUGUGCGGACCGGGUGAGCGAUUGAUUGAAUUCAUUUUCCGAAUGAUGUAAUGUUUCCGUAGGCGGCGCUGCGUGGACUAUUCUCGGAGUCACCACUUUCGCCGUCGUUUUUAAUUGUACCAAGUUCUUUGAACUGCAGGUCAGUGAGCAAACGGGUGCUUAAUGAGCUCGCUCGUAAUUGUUUCAAUAGAGGGUAGAUCAAAAAGACAGAGUGGUUCAGGUCACAGUGAAUCCAAACUGUCCGGAUGGGAGCAAUUGGCAGUCGUACAUCCUGCUGCCCUCCGCUAUGGCAAGCAAUCCGAUCUACCAACAGGUCAGAGCGCUCCUUUCGAUUCUCACUCGAGUACCGUUCAUUUCCAGCUUUAUUCUCUCUGGGUCACUAACUUUGUGAUGGUAUUCUUCCCGUUCCUUACUCUUCUUCUCUUCAACGCCAUCAUUGCGUACACAAUCCGACAGAGUUUAGAGAAAUAUGAUUUCCACAAUCAAAAGUGAGUUUUGUCCGAAUUUCAGCAGUUGAGAUCCAUUUCAGCCAUCUCUCGAUUCAUUCUGAUUCAUGCCAUGCAUUCAUUGUAUUCUGUACUGAUAUGUACGGCUGAUUAUAAAUCCGUUCUCUGUAGUUAUAAGGGAGCCUCAUUCCGGAUUGUUUCGCACCUUUUCUCUUGCUCUCUCUCUCUCUUGGCAUGACCCCUUUUCCGUCCGGAAUGAGCCCCUCGGCCUCCCCCUCUGUGUGCUCCCCGGGGACCUCUGAUCUUCCCGUUUAUUGCAGAAGCGUGGUGGCCGCCCUAUCCGCCAGUGUAAACCUUCCGCGCAACAUCGCCGGGUACUGUCCGUCCAACUGUCUUUGCCAUGUUCCUCUGUCGUCCUUUACACUUCGUGGUCUGGCUCCCCGUCGUACGGUCGUCACCGACAGCACGGCGGCGGGCUCCACGGCCGCUUCGUCGCUUACAUCGCCUGAGUCUUUCCGGUGCCUCUAAGCAUGAAACAAGUUAUCGUCGUCCGUCCGAGCUUCGCACGUCUUCUUCUUCUUCUUCUUCUUCUUCUUCCACUUCUACUUCUACCUCUUCUGCUUCUCCUUCGCUUCUAUUAACGUUCGCUUUCCUUAUUUCCGGAGCUGCUCGCAUUUUAACUUGCUUCCCUUGUUUUAACGCCGUUUAUCAAUCUAUUUUAACAUCUAGUUUUGAGUGGAGUGAUUGGGAACGGUGAAGUGUUCGAACGUUCCGAACAUUCGAACCUUUUCCGUUCUCCUACCCUUAGGUUGUUUUUCAAUUUUUCAUUUCUCAGUUAAUCCUUUACUUUUCCAGAAUUUCGAGUCGGAAUGAGCUGAAAGAAAAGUCGAGAGAAGCGACUCUAGUCCUCGUCAUCAUCGUUUUCAUUUUCCUCGGCUGCAACUUUUGGGGAUUCGUGCUGACCUUGCUGGAAAGGAUCAUGGGCCAGGAGGCUCUGAUGGUCGACCAUCACGUCUUCUACACAUUCUCACGAGAAGCGAUUAACUUUCUUGCCAUUAUAAACUCGUCAAUCAACUUUGUGAUCUACCUGUUAUUCGGAAAGGAUUUCAGGUGAACUCGGACUUCAUAUACCUCAGCUUUCAUCGAUUGUUUUGUUUUCAGAAAAGAACUGGUGGUGGUGUACGGUUGCGGAAUGCGUGGAAUGACAAUGCGUCUUCCGGUUCAGGACAAGUUCGCCAUCUGGAGACACUGGAAGCGCAGAAGUCUCGGCUUUCCCUGGCCAUGAGCAGCAAGACGCGUCACAAAAUCUCGCUCCCACAGACAUUCGCAGAACACGCGAACCUCGAAGGGCUCGAGCAGACACGCUUUCUGGCUCGCCAUGAGGACAGAGUGCAAACGCAAGUAUCACCGAUCCACGCACUUCGCAACGGCGGUAAACUCGUUAGCGUCCUGUCUUUUCUUGAAUUCAUGUUUAUCCAGGUUCGAUGCCUCUGAAAUUCGAUCCAUUACGCAACGGCGGGUCGAACGGAAGGCCUUGCAAAACGAGCAUUAUCGACAACGGAACGGUUGUUUGCACAGUCACAGAGUUCCCUUAA